AUGGAUUCUGCAGAUGGUCAGCGUGGGCGUGACCCUCCGAGACGCUCGCCUCUCGACAUCAUCAUGAGUCAGAUACGCCGGAAGCGCACGGCCUCAGACAGGAAGCCGCUGGGCCGCUUCCUGUCCCGGACGUCGGAGCGGACGGGGAUCCCUGAGGACGUGGAGUCGGGGGGGCGGGAGGAGAGAGCACCGAGCUCAGGUGGGUUCCUCACAUCAGAGGACGAGCGAGAGGUCAGCUGGGGUCGAGUGUGUGUUUUCCUGCAGCGGCUCGGGAAGAAGGCCGACAGCAGGAGCCUCAGUCUGGCUCACUGUGAUGUGACCGCUACAGACCUGCUGGAGCUAGCCACGUUGCUGCAGUUCCUGCCUCAGCUGGAGGAGAUGGACGUGUCCUGGAACGAGCUGAUUGGUGGAGGUCUGCAGGCGCUGACCUCUCACCUCCAUCAGGUGGGCGGGACCAGGACGCUGAGGCUGUGCGGCUGCAGGCUGAACGCUGAUGAUGUCACUGCACUGGGUGGCGCCCUCGGCUGCGUCCCACACCUGGAGGUCCUGGACUUGUCCUGGAACGGAGGUGUCGGAGGCGGAGGGUUGCAAGGCCUCCUGGGUAAAGUCCCCCCCACACUGAGGGAGCUCCGCCUGGUUUCCUGUCAGCUCUCUGCAGCUGAUGCUUCGGCUCUGGGGGGCGCACUGUCCUCUCUGCCCAGACUCGUGGUGCUGGACGUCUCCUGUAACCCUCGUCUCUCGCAGGACGCCGGCGAGGGCGGCGGCUUCAGCGACCUGGCCGCCGCCCUCUGCCACGCCCCCUCCCUCACCACACUUGGACUGCAGGCCUGCGGUCUGACCACGCUCUGCCUCCAGGCUCUGGGUGGUUCGCUCCGCCUCCUCCCCUCCGUGCGAGAGAUGGACCUGUCCUGUAACAAGGGUCUCUCUGGAGGACUGCACCACCUCGCCGUGCACCUGGCUCACCUCACACGCCUGGAGAGCCUCGACCUGCACCUGUGCUGUCUCACACACACCGACCUGGAGGCCCUGGUCCAGGUGCUGCCCUCUCUGACGGCGCUCUCAGAGCUCAACGUGUCGUCCAAUCAGGAGGCAGGAGCUGCGGUCCACGCGCUGGUCUCCGCCCUCCCUCUGACGCAGAUGAAGCGUCUGCCGCUCAACAGCUGCAGCCUGAGUGACCAGUCCUUCACCGCUCUGGCUCUGGCUGUUCCCUUCCUCCGCUCUGUGGAUGUGUCCUGGUGCAAAGCGGUCGGAGGACACCUGGCUCUGCUUCUCGACGCUCUGCAGCCGGAGGUCGUCCAGGAGCUUCGUCUCAGCAGCUGUGACCUCUCCACCGACGACCUGCGUCACCUAGCUGUGGUCUGCAGACGUGGUUGCAUGGCGUCUCUUCUGGUUCUGGAUCUGUCCUACAACGGCUCGGUGGGCGACGCCGGCUGGUCCGCCCUGUUCGAAGCCGGAGGCCUGGGCUCGCUGGAGGAUGUGGACCUCAGCCUCCGACCUUCGACCUCGGCCUCCUGCUCGGCCUGGCUGCCGGCGCUGCUCGGCGCUCUGCCUCGGCUGCCGGCGCUGACCCGGCUCGCCAUGCAGCGCUGGACCAUGGGAUCCCGGGAGCGACAGCAGCUGAGCCACAGCGCCAGGAAACGUGACUUCCUGCUGGAGACGGAUCCAGACUCUAGAGACGCAGCGUCAUCGAGUCAGACGACCAAUCAGGAGAGUCCAGAGGAGUAG